GUGUAGUUUUUUGAGAGACCGUGUAAGCUACUCACAUGUUUCACCUCGCUGUACUAACGUCUAGUAAAGUAAACCGAACCUGGAAGGAGGGAAUAGGAGUCAACGGACGAUACCCAGCGUUGAGAACAGACGCUCACAACAGCUCAACGAACGGGAAUACAAUUUUCAAGCUUUAAUUAAGUUAUUUUUCGACUUCUGUUCAUUCAAACAGCUACACUGAAGAUUCAAGCUAAAUUACCUAGGCACAUCAAACCGUUUCACAAGGAAUGCAUUCACUGGGCAGCUCUUCCAAAUGGCCUUCCUAUGAUUCACUCCCGUCCACAUCCAGCUUCCUCCUCAGCGAGAGCGACCUGACGGAGGACGAGGCAGAUGUCUUCUCCUCUGAGGGUGAGGGUGAGAGCGUGGGGAGCAAGGCCUCAGUCGGAGAGGGAGAGGGAGUACACCGGCUUCGGCUGGCAUUUGUCGACCAGGACCGCUUCAGAGCAGAGAGUGGCCAGGCAGAAUGCCGUCCCCACAAGGCUACAUUCCCUCCUCAGGAGAGCCCGGCAAGGAACACAAUGCUAGGCAAAGGGGCCACUUCUCAAGGAGACCUGGCCUUCACAAAGAAAUGCACAGAACUGCAGCAUUACAUCAGACCACUACUAGAGCUGCUAAAUGGGCUGAAAACUGGGAGGUUUCAGAGAGGUCUAAGCAGUUUCCAGCAGAGCGUUGCCAUGGACAGACUUCAAAGGAUUCUGGGAAUUCUGCAGAAACCUGACAUGGGUGAGAAGUAUCUCCGCACCCUGCUGCAGGUGGAGAUGAUGCUGAAGGUUUGGUUCCCUCAGGUGACCAGAGAGCCACUGGUUCAUUCAACCCAGAACCUAAGGUCCAGCCUUCCUCCACGCUGGCACCAGAACCAGCUACACAUCCCAGUCAAAAAGCGUAAGCUGAGCUGGUUGGACUCUGACUUCACCAGCGAGUCCCCACCCCACUGCAAGCGCCUACAGCCCAGUGAUCCCCACCUGGCAGCGCCCCUGAGAGAGCCAGCCACCUACGCGAGUCAGCCCAGAGACCCCAGGAAACCCAGCGAGCCUCGGAGAGCAGAUAUCGGAAAGGAGAGCGGAGGUCGGACUUUGGAACACGACUCAUGCGACGCUCGCAGGCUUUCGCACCCGUGCAGGAGGAGAGAGAAGGGCGGGGGGAAACUCGUGAUCUCCCCUCCUUCUCUGUGUGGCAGCCCGGCAACACAAGACAGCUGCGUCUCCUCCACCAUCGCUGUCGCUGACUCACCGCAGAUCCCCCUUCCUGUAGGGCAGCUGCCGGAGUGCUGUAGCGCCCCUGGUACAGCUCAGGCGGAGGGUGGGCCAGCAGCGAUGACGUCACAGGAAGUUCGGGGGCGGAGCCCGUCUCGCUCGGCUUCGCUGAAACCUUUUAACCAGGAAGAGGAGGGUUUCAGUUCAUCCGUCUGCACGUAGUCCUCAUCCAACCCUACCACGCUGAAUCCCGUUGCACUACUUGAUCAUCUUUUAAUGUAUAUGACCUGUGACAGAAUUACUUUUUUAUUCUUGUGUGAGAACUAUUUUCUUACAAUUGAUAUGAUAAAACAGUGUUUUCCAUUUUGAA